AUAACCCUGUUUCAUAGAAAGGCAACAUGAUUACCUACUAUUUAACUGAACAAAUGUAGAUGCAUAUGACUUUGUUUUAGUCUCCACUGUUGUUUUCCUACUGAUAAGCUGAUUACACAGGUGGAGGAGUUCAUGAGGCAUGACCGGUGAGGCCAACAAAUCAAUUAGGAAAAGGGUUUUAUUGAUUCCUCAGAGCUUCAUAUAGAAAACUGUUCUAUGGAACAGUAGGAACAAUUUGGAUCAGUGGAUUAUUCAAUCCUGGUAUUGAUUUUAUUUAUUUUUUUACUCUUAAUGUGUCCAUUUUCAAUGAAGUUGAACUGUUUUGAAGCCAUGCACACCGAUUCAGCUUUGUUGCACACCUUUGUUUUCACUAUAACCUCCUCAUUAACUUAAUGGGACAUCUUUGAGUUUUGACCACUUAUAUCAGUGUCUCUCCUGUUCCACUGAUGUUAAUCCAUUUCACUUUUACCUCUGCAAGCGUCAGAAGGGCUGACGUCCCUAUACAUCUCCAACCCCCUCAUAGUCCAUACCCAACACACACCAGAUCAUCAUCCGCCCACCUCAAUUUUGAUUUGAUGAACGUCCUGGGUCACGAUAACGUCGUCGUGUCAGCCUAUAUAAGCAGCAGAAAGUUUUCCAAACACCCAGCAAAAUCUAAAGUCGGACUCUGACCAAGAACAGAAAAGAAAAGCGCCGUUUUCCUCUGCGUAAAAGGUGCCAAGACAUGGAGAGGUCAGUUAGGUUUGCCGUGGUGUGCGCCGCAGUGUCUCUGCUCAUCUCCUGCCAUCCAGUCGAAGCUUGGUACAAGCAGUCGACCGGGCCCAGUUACUACUCGGUGGGUCGUGCCUCCGGUUUGCUUUCCGGUAUCAGGAGGUCACCGUACGUCCGGAGGUCCGAGUCCGAAGAGACGCUGAUGGACAGCGGGGAGACAGCAGGUAACAACGUGAUUCCAGAGACUAACAGGCAGAUCUCCAUCCUCAAAAACAUGGCCAUCUGCGUGAAGGACAUCUCUCCAAACCUAAAGAGCUGCGAGCUGCUGCGGGACGGGACGGGUACCUUCCAGUGCAAGGCGGACGUCUUCCUCACCUUGGACUCCCUGGACUGCCUGUCCGCGUGAGUCCCGGUCGGACCUGCGGAAACAGUCCUGAUCCCCCACCAAGCCCCGGGAGCGCUUCUCUGGAAACGAAAAAGUGAAGGAAACGAAUGAGGGAAAACCCGAUCUAUUGUCGGCGAUGGACCGCUGCAGACUCUAAAUGUUCUCUUAUUGGAAAAAAAAAAACAAAAAACCAACACACAAACAUUGUUCAGUUUUGCUUUGGUUGCUUAGACAGAAAUAUAAAAGAAAAAAAUAAAGACAAAUAAAUCGGUGAGAAAGAUGUUAGUUGAAACCAUUUUCUUUCCAGAUGACCUCCCAUUUUUACUGGUUAACACCUGACAUGUACCCGCCGUUGACAAAAUUUAUUAAUGUCCAGAAAGUUGACUGCAGAGCAGAUUUCCUGUAAAGUACUUUUAUUUAGCCUAUUUUAUCUAUUAAAACGAACAAACACUGGAAA